AUGUCUUUUGCUCAAUCGGCUCAAGAUACCCGUGUCGACGAUGGCCAUAUCCUCCGGGCCCGUCUCCAGAAAGCGGAUGGCGAGUGGGUGGAUGCUGAGAUCAAUCUCAACGACUUCAUCGGCAAUAAUGAUGGCUGCUUCGAAUGGGGCGGAGUAAACUUUUCCGAAAGCGCUCAGGACAUUCACUUCUCAGUCGAAGGUACCGACGCGGCCCCGGUUCUCCGGGCCAUUCUCCUCAACAUGGAAGGCGAGGGUGUAGAGAGGGAUAUCAACCUCGGCGAGCGCAUCGGGAACAAUGACGGCAGUUUCGAGUUCGGUUUUAGCUGUAACAAGUCUUUGAAGGUCUAUGGCCAGCUACCAUGCCUUGCGCGGGAUCUUGACGUUAUCAUCUUACGCCCUGCCAACACCGCAAACCACCCGCAUCUCCAGCGCCAGUUUCGUCGUGAAUUUGUUGUGCGCCGCAAGGUCGUCACCGCGUGGCUGCUUUUCUUGCGCGCCCACCACCCCGGCUAUCGAGAUAUUGAGGUGGUCCAAGCUGCCCUGCAAGCCCUCCCGGAGCACGGCGAUCUCAUGGACCAGCUUCCCAUCCAUGAAGUUGAGGAUGCUGCUGUCAACCUCGAGGAUGCUGUUGAAGAUGUUGACUUUGAUGACCAGGAGGCGGCUGCUGUACCGAAUAUGGUCGUCAGCGAGCGAGAACUUGAUAUGUUGCGCGCUGAGCUUGCUGGUGAGCCUCAUAUCCACAAUCCCAUGGAAUUUCAACCCCGGCGGCAAUCUCCACCUCCAGAUGGAGCACCACCAGCUCAGGACCAUAUCGUCGUCCCCGAGAUUCGCAGCACUCCCCUCAGCGAAUUCAAUCGCUCCCAAGCUUUUCUCUCUCUUGCCUUCCCCUCACUUUACCCGGAAGGCAAAGCAUGCACUGAAAUGGCGCGACGGGCGCUUCGCGCGCCCCCCCCUAUUCGCUUCGUCGCCUUCAAUACUCGGAUGAGGCGUCAGAUCAGCGCCAGAAGCGCGUUUUUCGUGAAGCGUCAUGAGCAGCUCAACCCCGAGCCAGUCAAUAUCGACACUUUGAAGGAGGCGCUCCGCAAUGAGACCCCUGACGGCAAACGGCUUCUUGACUCCAUCGUGCGAUGGACGGGCAGUAUCCGCGGCACCAAAGCUUACUGGGGUGUCAAGCUUCAGGAGCUGCUCGCCAUGGCCUUCGCGCUCAAAUGCUCCAGUGCUUUCAUUACUUUCAGUGCUGCAGAUAACCACUGGCGAAGCCUUCAUCAACACAUGCCGCGCUUUGAGGAGUGGCUGGCUGCUGAAGAGCUCCAGCGGAUGCGCAUCUCUGCCGCCAAUUUGCGCGAUAAUCCCCAUAUCGCAGCCUACCAAUUUCACCGCCGCCUGCAACUGUUCACCACGCUCGUCAUGAAGCAGAAGUUCAAUCUCACUGAACUAUGGCAACGGUACGAGUGGCAGGGCCGUGGCAGUCCCCACAGCCAUGGCCUAUACUGGCUCCUUGAAGCACCGCUCCCUGCGAUGACUUCAGAGGCAGCCCGCCAGCAGUUCGCUGAGUUUUGGGGCAUUCACGUCCACGCCGUCAACCCGGAGGCUGGGCGGCAGAUGCCGCCGGGCGAAAGCAACCCGCUACGCGCCAUUCCCACUGUUGACAGUGAGCUAAGCUUCGCUCAGCUGUCCAAGGUUGUCAACCGCGUCCAGCGUCACCACUGCAACACCUCAUACUGCUUACGGAAGAAGAAGACUCCCCGGCAACCCCCGGAUGCGUCUCCAGCACCAGCGCCUCAGAGUGAGCUCGCCUGCCGCUUCUAUUUCCCACGGCCGGAGCACCAAGAAGCCAUCGGCGAAGAGGCGACGGUCUCAUACAGAGAGAUGGCCAGCAAGAUUCUCCCACACGUCUCUCACCGCACGCCUAUGCUUUCUUUCGUCAGCAAGAUGAUGAAUAAGAUAGCCGCGGAGCGAGAUUACCCAGCCCAGAAGAUCGCUCACCAUCUCCUUGAGCUUCAACUCGUCCACUGCAGCCGUCAGAUUCUCAAGGUGGACUGCCGAAGCCCUGAGGCGCAACGUCAGUACAUCAUCCAUGACGAGACGGUCCAGGAGACGCUCUCCAUUUACACUAAAUAUCUGGGCCGAGAGGACACUGAGGAUUGGAGUGGGAUCAGCUACUUCCAAUUCCUGACGAAGGUGAACUUCUCCAAGAAGCCAUGGCGGCACUGGCAAGCACCAGCAAAAGACCGGGUGCUGCGGUACUUUCCCAAAUACAAGCAAGAAACUCAAAGAGACGACUUUUGCCGUAUGAAGCUGACGUUGCACCACCCCCACCGUCACCACGACGAGCUCAAGAUUGUAGAUGGUGUCCCGUUUGCUAGCUACGCUGCCGCCUACCGCUACUGCUUGGAGAACCACAGCCACGAAGACGACUAUUACGGCGUCAUAGCUGACGGUCACGAAGAGGAGUUUCAGGAGGCGUCAGAUAAGGACGAGGAGCCACCAGACGCGGCCAAUCCCAUCCCCUGGGACGAGUUGGCACGUGAGCUCCCGCGACGGGGUCCGGAGACGGAGGAUAUCGAACUCCUGGGCAACCGUCCGCAGGAUCUUACAAAAGAUUGGGGCAGCCACGUUGGCACCCGCCCAUACUGGCUCAGCAACCAGCUUUGGAAGGAGACCAAGCUCGCCCAUCCCCUUGGCUUUGACGUCGGUGACUUCCCUGACGGUGCGGAGGACACCUUGAGCCCCCAGCAGCGCCUCAUCUACGACAUGGUGAUGACCCACGACCAGCAGACUGUUGAUGGUUUGCACCCUCCACCGCUCAGGCUCAAUAUUGACGGCAGAGGCGGCUCAGGCAAGUCUUACGCUAUUAAGCUAAUAUCCGCUUAUCUAUACAAGCGGGCGGUGCAGCAAGCGCGCCCUGAUGCUGAGAAUAUCGUCAUUCGGUCAGCACCAACGGGCGUAGCUGCCAACGGGAUCCAGGGGACCACGCUUCACUCACUGCUCCGCCUCCCCGUCGGUAUCGUCGCCUUCGAGCCACUGAGCCCUCCAGACGUGGCUGCCGCGCAAGCUCGCCUCCAGUCGCUCAAAUAUCUCGUCAUUGACGAGGAAACUAUGAUCUCGCUGAAGACGAUGGGCUUCAUCGAUAACCGCCUGCGUCACAUCUUCCCCCGCAGCAAUGAGCCAUUCGGGGGGUUCAGUAUUCUGCUGAUGGGCGACUUCUAUCAGCUCCCCCCCGUCAGGGGCAAGCCACUGUACUCCCCGGCUCAGCUAGUUGAGCCGCUAGAGAUUACCGGCCGCAAUGCUUACCAGGCGCUGAAUCAGACCAUUGAACUCACCGUCGCCCAGCGUCAGCGAGAGGAGGUCGCGCUUUUCGAUGAGGCUAUUCGCAUCUUCCCUACGAAUCAGCAAGUCACCAACUACAACCUCGACCACAUGGUCGCCCUCCAGCAGCCUUGCCGCCAAGUCGUCGCCAAGCGCACAGGGCUGGGAGCCGAGACAGUGCCCGCCUCCGAUGCUGGGAAUCUCCACUACAAGCUUCCCCUUUGCAUUGGUGCGAGGGUGAUGUUGACGGAGAAUAUCUGGACGCCCGCGGGCCUCGUCAACGGAGCAUUGGGGACCGUCCGCGAUAUUGCCUGGGCAGCAGGCGUAGACUGGAGACAAGAAGCCCCCAACAUCGUCGCCGUUGAGUUUGACAGCUACGAGGGUCCGCCGAUGUGUCCCGCUGGCUUCUCUGUUGAGGGGGCGCCUCAAGGGGUGAACUACGCCAACGUCGUCCCCAUAUUUCAGUCAUUACGCGAAUUCCUCAAAGGCCGCAUUGUCUGCACCCGCAAGCAGUUUCCUCUGACCAUCGCCUACGCCAUCACGGUCCACAAGUCGCAGGGGAUGACCGUAGAGAAGGCGGUUGUGGAUAUCUCGGAGCGGGACUUCCAGCCGGGGCUUUUGUAUGUGGCUGUUUCGCGGGUCAAGACGCUCCAAGGCGUCAUCUUUGACGUCCCCUUUGACUUAAGCGCUUUGAGGCAGAGAAGCCGGGAAUCGUUUGAAGCAAGGGAGCAGGAUCUAUGGCGGCGUGAUGCGGAGAGAGUCCCGUUGCCCGCCUGA